GACGUUUCCUCGGCCUUAAAGCCCUUCCUUUUAUUAAGCUGUGAACUGAAACUCCCACUUCGCUCACUCCGCAGCUCCUUACUUCCACUUCCACUUCCAACAAUGUCAUCAAUGGAGUCUCUCAUCCUCAAGCUCCAUGAAAUCUCUGCCGUUAAAUUUGGCAACUUCAAGCUUAAAUCUGGCAUCUCCUCCCCAAUAUACAUCGACCUCCGCCUCAUCAUCUCCUACCCUUCCCUACUCAGCCACAUCUCCCAAACCCUAAUCUCCUCCGUCUCUUCCUCCUCCUCCUUUGACCUUAUCUGCGGCGUCCCUUACACCGCCCUCCCUAUCGCCACCUGCGUCUCCCUCUCUAAUGGCAUCCCCAUGGUCAUGCGCCGCAAGGAAGUUAAAGACUACGGCACCUCUAAGGCCAUUGAAGGCGUCUUCCAGAGUGGCCAAACUUGCCUUAUUGUCGAAGAUCUCGUCACCAGCGGCACCUCCGUUCUCGAGACCGCCGCUCCUUUGCGUGCGGCGGGAUUGAACGUCAGCGAUGCUGUCGUUUUAAUAGAUAGGGAACAAGGCGGGAGGGAGAAUUUGGAGGUGAAUGGAAUUAAACUGCAUUCGAUUAUUAAGUUGAGUGAGAUGGUUAGGGUCUUGAGGGAGAAGGGGAAGUUGGAUGAGGAAAUGGAAAGAAUCGUGAUGAAGUUUCUGGAGGAGAAUAGGAAGGUGGCAGCUCCAGCCAUGGCUAAAGUUAGGACUAAGGCUUUGAAAUUUGAAGAGAGAGCAAAGUUGGCGAAGAAUCCAACAGGGAAGAGACUAUUUGAAUUGAUGGUCAAGAAGGAGAGUAAUUUGUGUUUGGCUGCUGAUGUUGGGACUGCUGCUGAGUUGCUCGACCUUGCUGAGAAGGUUGGACCAGAGAUUUGCAUGUUGAAAACCCAUGUUGAUAUAUUUCCUGAUUUCACCCCAGAUUUUGGUUCAAGGCUUCGCGCGAUCGCAGAUAAAUAUAAUUUCGUAAUUUUUGAAGAUCGCAAGUUUGCCGACAUUGGCAACACUGUGACUAUGCAGUAUGAAGGGGGCAUCUUUCAUAUUCUGGAUUGGGCUGAUAUUGUUAAUGCUCACAUUAUUUCUGGUCCUGGAAUUGUGGAUGGAUUGAAAUUGAAGGGUCUGCCUCGUGGUAGGGGCUUGUUGUUGCUUGCAGAAAUGAGUUCAGCUGGUAACUUUGCCACUGGAGAUUACACAGCUGCAGCAGUAAAAAUUGCUGAAGAACAUUCAGAUUUUGUCAUUGGUUUCAUCUCAGUUAAUCCAGCAUCAUGGUCAGGUGCACCAGUAAACCCAGCAUUUAUUCAGGCAACCCCAGGAGUUCAAAAGGUGACUGGGGGAGAUGCUCUUGGCCAGCAAUACAACACUCCAUAUUCUGUGAUCUAUGAUAGGGGUAGUGACAUCAUCAUUGUGGGCCGGGGGAUUAUAAAGGCAGCAGAUCCGGCAGAAGCAGCCCGUGAAUAUCGACUUCAAGGAUGGGAUGCCUACCUAGCUAAGUGCACUUGAGGCUGCAGUGGGUCUGCUUCCCUCUGCUUUAAUGCUCAAAAUGGUUUUUGUUUGAUUAACAGAUGAGCCAUUUGUUGUUUAAUUUUCAACUACAUGAUCUCGGGAUAUCAUACAAACUUGAUAACAGGUUUUGAACAUCCCUUGUCUCUGGUCUUUUUAAGGCUUUGAUAUUUAUAUACGAGGCGGCGACGAAGGCUGUUUGUCAACAUUUUGAAUUCUUCUGGAAUGUGUGAAAGCUUUCUAACGUCCCAUUGAACCCUAAAUACAGGGAAUAAAUCAAUGAAAAUAAGUUGACAAUGCUCAGUUGAAUCCA